AUGUUAUUUGCUCUGUUUCUCGUGUCUGUUUUAUCUCAAUGUGAAACACAAUUAUGUACCCCAUCGGCUGCAAUAGGUGAAAUGAAAAAGACUAUGAUUACAAAAUUAAAAGCUCAAAAUUUCUUUGAUAACAUGGUAAAAUAUAUUGGAGCUUUUGCAUUUUUUGAUAUCGCCAAAAAUCCUCCACAACCUGAGAGUAUGCCCAAUUAUCAUACUCCAGUUGAUAUUCAGGCUGAAAUCAACACAAUAAACACGUUUAUUAAAGAUUCAGAAGAGCAAUUUCCGCUCUAUGAUUUGUUCAUAAGAUUAUUUAAAAUGUUCGCAUUGCCAAAAGAUUUGCACUUUGCUUUGAAUAUACAAAGUAACACAACUACACACAAAAUUGGCGAUUUUCUUGUUAUAAAUCCUUUCACCUUUCAAUUGACAAAAGAUGCUGUUUAUAUAAAAGUGCCUGAGAAAAUUGGAAGAUCACCAGUAACCGAUUUUUUCGAUAAAGAAUUGGUCACUUUAUUGAAGUCAAAAGAUGAUAAUAAUAUAUCAUUAAGUAAAAUUAAUGGAAUAAAGGCAACCGAAUUUAUUGAAAAUUAUGCAAAGAAAUACUUUAGAAUGAAGAACACCAAUGCAGCAGUUACACUACUCAAAAAUUCUUUUGUGAUGUCGAAAUAUGAAAAUUUUGCAAUAGAAAUAAACGAUAUGAACUUUAUGUUAUCAUUCAGUGAUAAAACUGAAGUUAAUUACACCUCAGUAUUUUUCAAUACCAAAAUUAAAACAGACAAAUUUAAAGAAACCAUUGAAAAAUACAACAAAAUUAUUUUAAAAAAUGAAAUCACCAGAAGUCGAAUUAAUACACAAAAACAUAAAGUUUCAGGAUACUCUGGAUUUAUUGGUGAUUUUAUUAAAAAAACUGAUUUUUCUUCAAAACAAAAGAAUGGAGAUUUAUUUAAUUAUUCAAUACCAGAUGUUAUUGCUUGUGGUCAGCGAGUCGUUUCGAAUCAAAAGUUUUAUAUUUUAGUUGUAUAUACAUUUAACUCAGACUUUGACAAAUUCUUAGCUCUUACUGAUCAGUGCAAAAAGUUGUUUGAUGAAUCUGACGAUCCAAUUGUAGUGAUAUUGGAUAACAAUUCAGGAGGAACUGUUGAUCUCUCAGCUCACAUACAAGACAGUUUAGCACCAUAUAAUGUUUUUGAUGUGUUAGUCUCCCAAAGAAUUUCAGAGUCGACGGAAAUAGUUAUGAGAAGUGGAGGUGCAGCACAAUUAUUAGAUCCCAAAACAAAGAAAAGUCGCAUUCCAAGACAAAAAGAGUAUUAUAAAGAAGACUUGGGAAAAUGGUACGAUUCUCCUGUAACAGACGUUUUUGUUUCUAAAAGUGGUGGUGAGUCUAAAUUUGUGAGGACUCAAAAAUCGGUAUAUGAAAAAGAAUUUAAAAUGAAAUACAACAUGAAAAACGUAAGAAAUCCAAAUCAAAUUAUCAUGUUCACAGACCAAUUCUGUUUCUCUGCUUGCUCCUUUUUAUCAAAGGAUUUUAGACAGAAAAAUGCAGCACUUUUGGUGGCAUAUUCUGGUCUUCCUUAUUCAACUAUUCAAGAGAGGGAUGUUGGGCAAAGUCCCACUGUCGUCAUUACAGACAAAUUGAUCAGAUAUAACAACAACACAAACGAUGAAAACAAAGAAAAAGAACUUGAUGAAUUUGAUGAAUAUGGAUUUGAAAUGCAAAUAUCAUUUUCUCCUACAUAUCCAAGAAAUGUCAGCUUUCCAAAAAUACCGGACGAGUACAACAUUCAUUAUCCUCACGAAUAUUUUGAGAACGAAGCCUUUGAAGAAAGCGAAGAAAGUAUCACAAAAUUUCUCGAAGAAGCUCAGAGAGUGUUUGAAAAAUAUCGAACUCGAUGUGAUGAAGGAAUGUAUAUCUUUGAUGAUAAAUGCAUUGGAAAUAAAGAUAGUGUGGGUGGUCAUAUUUGCCAAAAUGGUCAAUAUAAUUACAACAAAUGCGUACUUGUUGGAUGUAAAAACGGUUUAGAAUUAAAUCAAACAACUGGAUUCUGUGGAAAUCACACCAGUGAAUAUUUCGUUAAUAGUGCAUUUGGAAUAUUUGUGCUAAUCUUAUCUCUAUCACUCCUUUUCUUAUUCUAA